AGAAUUUGACCGAAAAUGCCUAAUUUUAUCUCAAAGCCGAUAGAGCAAAAACGUGUCAGUCUGUAAUGCAGCCACAUUCAUGUCGGCUGUUUGAUUCAUGUAACACCUGUGAAGCUGUGCCAUGCGCACCUCCAUUCUUCCACACCCACCCUCAUCUUUAUUUUGUUUUUCCAUGAUUCCAUCCCUAUAUGUAUCCCGUUUUCGCACUCAAAUUUUAUAACCAUUUUACACUUGAUCAAUACUCUCAACAAAUAGAAUUGUGAGUUCAGCUCAUAGUUCAGACAAAAAAAAUCAUGUCGCACUAUGAGAACCAAUAUAGUGCAGGGCAGGCUGUGCAGACGGACGAAUACGGCAACCCAGUCCAGCAGACUGGAGGGACCAUGGGAGACUAUGGAACCACCGGACCCGGCUAUGGAACUCAGGCUGGCCACACCACUGGCGUACUUGGUGGGGAACAACGUCAGCAUGGAUACGGCAGGCCCAUCCGCCAAACUGACGAAUAUGGCAACCAAGUCCAGCAGACUGGAGGGACCAUGGGAGACUAUGGAACCACCGGAACCGGCUAUGGAACUCAGGCUGGCCACACCACUGGCGUACUUGGUGGGGAACAACGUCAGCAUGGCAGGCCCAUCCGCCAAACUGACGAAUAUGGCAACCCAGUCCAGCAGACUGGAGGGACCAUGGGAGACUAUGGAACCACCGGAACCGGCUAUGGAACUCAGGCUGGCCACACCACUGGCGUACUUGGUGGGGAACAACGUCAGCAUGGCAGGCCCAUCCGCCAAACUGACGAAUAUGGCAACCCAGUCCAGCAGACUGGAGGGACCAUGGGAGACUAUGGAACCACCGGAACCGGCUAUGGAACUCAGGCUGGCCACACCACUGGCGUACUUGGUGGGGAACAACGUCAGCAUGGUACUCUCGGUGCCAUGCUUCACCGUUCUGGCAGCUCUAGCUCCAGCAGCUCUUCUGAGGAUGAUGGACACAGCGGUAGAAGGAAGAAGAAAGGGAUAAAGGACAGGGUUAAGGAGAAAUUACCAAGAGGACGCAGGGACGACCAAGCCCAUUCAACUGCAACAACUACGACUACUGGUUAUGGCAUGGAAGGCACUCAUGAGAAGAAGGGAAUUAUGGAGAAGAUUAAGGAGAAGCUUCCAGGCCAUCAUGGCCCUGGCCACAACUAGGAAUUCAAGCUGUGGCGAAAGAAUAAAUCCUUUUAAAUGUACACAUGUAAAAUGUUGGCUAAAUACUUGUAUUUUCUAGUUCGUCCUUGCUGUGUCUUGAAGCGUGGCCUUUUAUGUGAAUAAUAAAGCCAUGCUAGCCUCUUUCUUUUGAGUACUAGUGGAAGUAUAAUCACACAUGUAAUAAAUCUUUUCAAGUACGUUGUAUCAUGUCCUUUUCCUAGUA